AUGAGCGGCGCAGUGCACGCUGGGGAGCACGAGCAGGUGGCCCCUGUCUCGAUCGUGGACAAGCCGUUGGGCGAGCACCAUGAGACCACCGUCGAGUAUGUCAAGGAGGUCAACGACACCAUUGCCCGAACCGAUUCGCACCUGGACGACACGCAUGUCGCGCUGGGUUGGCGGUCAUGGCUCGUGGUGCUCGUCACCAUGUUUGGCAACUUGACCCUGGUGUUUGUGGUGGUUGCUGCCGGCUCGGUCAUUGCCUUUAUCAUCCGAGACCUGGGCCACCCCGGACUGGCCGGCUGGAUAAUUCAGGGCCCGCUCCUGGUGCAAAGCGUCCUGUGUCCCAUCAUCGGCAGGCUGUCAGACGUAGUGGACCGCAAAUACCUGGCCUGUAUUCAGCUGUCGGUUGCCUUUGUUGGCUCCAUCGUGUCCGCCACGGCCCAUUCCAUGAACACCUUGAUAGGAGGAGGGAUUCUCAUCGGCGUAGGCCUGUCGUCGCUGGGCAUCAUCGUCGCCAUCCCGGCAGAAGUGCUGCCUCUGAAGUACCGCGCCAUCGCAAACGGAGCCAAUUUUCUAGGAGGUGCCUUUGGAGGCCUUAUCGGACAGCUCGGUGCGGGCGCCGUGACCAACGUCGACCAGGACGGCUGGCGGAACAUCUUCUGGAUGCAGGCGGCCUUUCACGGCGCCACCGUGCUCAUGCUGCUGGCCUUCUACUUCCCGCCCCGCCGGUCGGACUACCCAAAGAUGACCUUUAUGGAAGUCCUGUGGUCUCUCGAUCCCAUCGGCGCGAUCCUCUUUGUGGGUGGCGCCACCCUGACCAUCCUGGCGUUGGAUUGGACUGGUGGCUCAUAUCCGUGGCACGACGCCCAUGUCAUCGCUCCCCUUGUCGUCGGAGUCGUUCUUUUGGUGUUGUUCGGAAUAUAUGAAUGGAAAGGAAGAACCGAUGGCAUUGUUGCUCAUGUCAUGUUCAAGAGCGGCUACAAUUUCCCUCUCGCGGUCUUUGCCUUUGCAGUUGAAGGAUGGAUCUUUUACAGCGCCGUCAACAGCGUGACUCCCCAGGUCAUCCUCAACCUCGGAUGGGAGACGACGUCCUGGCAAAUCUCCAUCCGCCAGCUGGCGUACCAGCUGCCUACCAUCGCCUUCUCGAUUCCCAUGGUCCUCUACUCGACCCGGUACAAAGACCUCAAGAACCCGCUCAUCUUCACGUACACGGUCUUCCUGGUCGUGUGCAUCUGCUACGCGACGAUCAAGCCGACCGAAAACCACGCGCAGUACGCGUUCGCGGUGCUCGCGGGGAUCGGGCAGGCAGGACCGCUGACGCUGAUCCUGGCGCUGGUGCAGUUCGCGGCACCGCACGCCUUCAUCGCCACGGCAUCGGGCUUCGCGCUAUCGGCCCGCGCCAUCGGCGGCGCGUUCGGGUCUGCCGUGCUAGACGCCAUAAUCAACGGCAAGAUCGCCGCGACGCUGGCGCGCGACGUCACCAAGGCUGCCACCGGCGCCGGCCUGCCCGCCAGCUCGGUGCCGGACCUGCUGGAAGCCAUCGAGGCCGGGGUCGGUUUCGAGGCCGUGCGUGGGCUCAACGCCACGAUCUUGGACCAGGCGCUUGACGCGCGCGACUGGGCCUACGCCCGAGCCUACCGCCUGGCCUGGUCGAGCAUCAUCCCCUUCGUGGUCCUGGCCAUUGUGGCAGUGAUCUUCAUCAAGCAGGUCAAGGAGCUCAUGACUGAGCACGUCGAGGCCAGUGUGGAGAGGAAGCCGGCCGGCGCGAGGGCGGAUGAGGAGAUGAAUGAGAAGUGA